AUGGAGUUAGCUAAAGAAAUAAUACAUUCGCCUAUGCUCAAGCAUAUGAAAUACACGUCUGUUAUAAAGAUUGAACCAUCACUUUCAGAUAAAUUAAGAAAGAAUAUUAAAAAUGUAUAUGAAAAAGUCAUCACCUUUUAUUGCAGAGAGAACGAAGUCUUAGGUUCAGAAAUACCUAUCGAUGGAUUGUUUAAUACAAGAGAAAAUGCAUUGCAUAUUGUAGUUAAAGCUAAUUAUGAUCAUGAUUAUUCAUUUAUCAUCAGAUCAAGUAGAUCUAGAGAAAAGGAAAGAAGAAGGAUCAGUGGGACAUAUGCUGGAAUAUGCUAUGGCAAAUCAAGACUCAUAAAAGAGUAUGCAAAUAAUGUUUAUACUUUAUACUUAAAUUUGGGUAUUGAUAGAAAAUGUUUUUCACACCCUUCUGCCAUUGCAAAAAACUUUAUCAAUUCAUUUGAAAAAUCUAACGAUCUGCAAGCUUGGUUUAACACUUUCUUGAAUCCUAUAAUAGUUAUUGCAAAUAUGUACGAAAUCAGACAAAGUCAAAGAAAACUAGAAUUAAUUAGGGAUAAUGCAGGUAUUAAUUUUGAGGAAAAUGAUAUUUAUGCUUGGGAUAAAGUCAUAAAUCUUAUAAAAGCAAAAAUACAAGGAGGUGGCAAAUUAUUAAUUAAGGGUAAAGAUUACGAAAAAAGGAAAAACCUUACAAAUGUAGCAAUACUUACUUCCUUGUAUUCUGUAAACAUUUUCCCAUCAGUACAUUUUGCUUUAAAUCUCAUUGGAGAAAUUAAAUUGAUAGACUUUUUAAAUGAAUUAUUAUUGAACUAUAGAAGCAUUUUAAAUAAUGAUAAUGAUGAAUAUAAUACUCUUAAAAAUGCCAUUACACCUAAAUAUGUUCUUGAAAAAAGUGAUUUAGCAGAAGUUAAUUCUCGUUAUCUUGCCAUGUAUUGGCUUAGAGCACAUGAAAAAGGAUUUAAAAAUUUGGAAGAGGAAUGGGGAACCACCCUUAGGUCUGAUUAG